UAACAAAAAACCAUUGACAACAUCAACACUAACUAGUCUUCUUCAAACACCUAUUCAGUCACAACAAUCACGAUCAUUAUCAUAUGAUUCAAAUGAUCCUUCACAACCCAAAUUAAAACGGUUUAAAGGAUCAGAUUCUUCGGUGAAUAAUAAUAAUAAUUCAUCGUCGAAGAAACUUUAUCGAAAACUAAAUCAUACUGACAAAUUAACACAGUUGUUGUCAUCACCAACAACACCCUCAUCUCCUACUGUACAUAAUUUGACAUUGACACCAUCCACAAAUAUACCACAAUCUAUACUUGAACGAUUGUCACCAGGAAAUGUUUACUCAUCUCAACAACAACAACAAUCUGGUCGACGUCGUCCAAAAAAUUCGAUGUCAGGAACAAUAAAACAAGGAAAGAAUCAUAAAAAUCUUCCACUAGCAGAUUUAUGGUCCCUUGCAGAAAAUACAGCAGGUGGUGCAAUCUUGCUUAAAGCUCAACUUCUUGAAGCAGCAAAAAAAUUGCAACAAAAAGAGGAGCUUGAAAAUAGCACUAAUCGUCGUGUUAUUUUGCAAGAUGGUUCAUCUAUAUUGUCAAAUUCAAAUGAAAAUAUAAAUAAUUCAUUUGAUGGAAUUGGAACGAGUAUUGAUGAUGAAGAAUCCAGUGAUCCUUGGCAAUUUCGGCCAAAAGUUGGAUGUAGAUAUCUAAGGCCAAUUGAUCAGGAUCAACAACAGCGAGUACUACCUCAACGUUCGACUUUUUCAUCGUUUUAUUAUGUGGCUUGUUCUGAACGAGGCCAUCUUGGCAAACGACGUGUACGAUUAGGAAGAGGCGGAAGAUUGCUUUAUGAUCGUCAUACUGAACAGGAGAAUAAAGAAUUGACUGAUGAAACAUUUUUAGCAUCACAUAUCAUAAACAAACCCGUGUUAUGGCGUCUUUCAUCUCGACCAUUACUUAAAGAAUCAUAUCGUCUUCAUUCAUAUUUAACAGUUAAAGAUCAUACGAUGUCACUAGCACAUCAUUAUCAAUCAAAAUCAUCAGCUAAUUCAUCAAUUCAUUUAAAUGAUUCAUUGUAUCAUGUAAAUAAUUCUUUAUCGUUGAAUACUGGUGGUAAACAUCCACCCACGUCGUCAUCCUCUAUUGAACUUGAUCAUCCAUAUUCAUGUUCAUCACGUCGUGUUAAUCAAGCGUUACGUACAUUAGCUGAACCACAACCACCAUCACCAUCAUCACCACCACCAUUAUCUUCAUCAAAUUCAAUUUCGACAUCACAACAAAUGAUGCUUAUAUCAACACCGCCUACACCACCACCAUCAUCAACGAUAAAUAAUAAUGAUAUAGAUAUGUCGCAACAAGAACAAUCCGAACAACAACAACAAUUCUUUACAAAAUCAUCUUCAUUUGUUCUAUCUCCAACGACACCAUUUUUUUCUCCACAUCAACCAUCGUAUGUUAUUCCAUCAACACCUCCACUACCAGCAUCAUCAUUAUCAUCUCAACAAUCAGCGUCAUCAUCUUUAACAAUACAACCAUCAUCACCAGUACCAACAAAACAAACACCAUCAUCAUGUGGUCUUGUACAAUUUGUUCAACUUCAUCGUAUACAUCCUCCAACUAACACGCAUAAAUUUGCAUCAUCAACACCGGUGACUACAUCCGAUUCUUGA